AUGUCCUGGCUUGCCGGACUCCUCCCAUCUGCAACUACCAGUCCAUCUCCAAUCCAGCACAAUCUCCUCACACAUGGCACCGACAGCGAUUACACACUCAUUAAUGGCAAGACGAGACCUCAGGCAGAGAUCAUGGAAGAGGAGGAAGACAUGCGAUCACCAUAUUGGCAUUGCAUGCUUGCAGGUGGCGUUGGAGGCUCAUCAGGCGACAUGCUCAUGCACAGUAUCGAUACAGUAAAGACCCGGCAGCAGGGCGAUCCUCACAUCCCUCCAAGAUACGGCAGCUUAAAGUCGGCGUAUUGGAAGAUCUUCACACAAGAAGGGUUCCGGCGUGGACUCUAUGCCGGCGUCACACCUGCCUUCCUCGGGUCUUUCCCAGGUACCAUCAUCUUUUUCGGGACGUACGAAUGGAGUAAGCGGCACUUGAUUGAUUAUGGUCUCCACAACAGUCUAGCCUAUCUUGCGAGCGGUUUCAUCGCGGACUUCGCAGCAUCAUUCGUAUACGUACCUUCUGAGGUGUUGAAAACCAGAUUGCAGCUACAAGGCAGAUACAAGAACCCCUUUUUCUACUCGGGCUAUAAUUACAGAGGAUUCUGGGACGCGGCACGCACGAUUGUACGAACGGAAGGCAUGAGCGCGCUAUUCUACGGAUACAAAGCGACGAUAUUUCGCGAUCUGCCUUUCUCCGCGUUACAAUUCGCCUUCUAUGAGCAGGAACAAGCUUGGGCGAAGAAAUACAAGCAGAGCCGAGAGAUUGGUAUUGGGCUUGAGAUUGCAACAGCGGCGAGCGCUGGUGGUCUCGCUGGUGUGAUCACCUGUCCGCUCGACGUUGUGAAAACAAGGAUACAGACGCAGGUGAACCCGACAGAUACCUCUGGGCCGCUCACGUCCAUCUCGAGAGGAAAGGCUGAAGAGGUGACUGCUCGGUCAGGCCUACCAAAAGAGCAACGUCGACCCAUCUCCACAUCCUCGCCCAAUACUACAUUCCAAAAGAGCAAUGCGGUGAAGCUAGAUACAUCGUCCGUCAUGACGGGGCUGAAGCUUGUGUACAAGACCGAGGGCAUAAUGGGCCUGUUCAGAGGCGUAGGACCACGUGCAGUAUGGACGAGCGUUCAGAGUGGGACUAUGCUUGUGCUCUACCAGGCCUUGUUGAAGAAGAUGGCUGUGCAUCCGCUUUUUGCAUCGGAAGGAUCUAGCUUUGAAUGA